AUGGAGCCUCUGACUCCUGUCCCCAGCCUCUCAGACAACAGGAAAGGCGCUGCUUGGCAGGACCUAGCCAAUCAGGACCGGCUGCCACCCCUAGGUCACACCUCCACGUUGCCUGGCAGCAGAGCAGCACGUGGCGUAGCGGCAAAAGAAGCCUUUGUUCCCACCUCCAGCCCCACUGGGCGUUGGAAACCGCUAGGCCGGAAGCUGGAUCUUGCGCCUGGGGAGGCUGCAGAGGAGCAGCUGCGGGCAGGCUCUGUGCGGGAGGAGAAGAGCAGAGCGUCAUGCAGCUCCACCAUCACUAUUACCACUGCUUACAUCACAUUCAUUGCCCACGCACCCAAGAACUCACCCACACACCCAGUCUUCCAUUGCCACUGUCAGAAUUCAGGCAAGUCACCUGGAGGACCCAAAAUUGGCCAACCUGGACCCACUCACACUAUUGCCAACAUAUGCCACCUUGGGGCUCAAACAGGGCAAGCUCAGCCCAUUGCUGCCACCACCAGGACCCAAAGAUUAGUCUACCUGGAUCCCAAUGAAGAUACAGAAUGGAAUGAAAUUUUAAGAGAUUUUGGUAUUCUUCCUCCAAAAGAAGAGCCAAAAGAUGAAAUUGAAGAAAUGGUUUUACGUUUACAGAAAGAAGCGAUGGUUAAACCUUAUGAAAAGAUGACUCUUGCACAGUUGAAGGAAGCUGAAGAUGAAUUUGAUGAAGAAGAUAUGCGAGCUAUUGAAAUAUAUAGAGAAAAGCGGUUACAGGAAUGGAAAUCUCUUACAAAAAAACAAAAAUUCGGGGAAUUAAGGGAAAUUUCUGGAAAUCAGUAUGUGAAUGAAGUCACAAAUGCAGAAAAAGAUGUGUGGGUUAUAAUUCAUCUAUACAGAUCAAGCAUUCCAAUGUGUUUGUUGGUUAACCAGCAUCUUAGUCUUCUAGCAAGAAAGUUUCCAGAAACUAAAUUUGUUAAAGCCAUCGUGAAUAGCUGUAUUCAACACUACCAUGACCAUUGUCUACCAACAAUUUUUGUUUAUAAAAAUGGUCAGAUAGAAGGCAAAUUCAUUGGAAUUAUAGAAUGUGGAGGGAUAAAUCUCAAGCUAGAAGAACUUGAAUGGAAGCUAGCAGAGGUUGGAGCAAUACAGACUGACCUGGAAGAAAACCCCAAAAAAGACAUUGUAGAUAUGAUGGUAUCUUCAAUUAGAAACACUUCUAUUUAUGAUGACAGUAGUUCCAACAGUGAUAAUGAUACCAAAUAGAGAGAAAUAUUUAAUAAAUAGCUUUUA